CACUCUCUUCCAACCUACACCAACUAUGUCUUCCAAGAUUGUCGGUUUCGCCCAGUGCGCUGUCUCUAAGCUGAUGGCUAUCCAGAAGCCUGUCGUUUACAACGCCAAGGUUGCCGCCGAAGUUGCCAAGCAGGUUUACACCAAGGAAGGCAUGGCUUUCCCUAACGGACAGCAGUGGGCCGAGGCCCAGUCAGCCCUUAAGAAGAACCUUAAUACCGCUGCCUUCAAGAGCGUCACUGUUGGCGAUGUUGUCAAGGGUGGUGUUAUGGCUGCCGAGCUCUACACCUUCUUCUUGAUUGGUGAGAUCAUUGGUCGUAGAAACCUCAUUGGCUACAACGUCGAGUCCUCUGCUCCCGCUCACCAUUAGAAAAUGUCUUGCAUAUAUCAAACAAACGAAGCUUUUUUUUUCUAUGCCUAUUUCUGAAACUGUUAUUGGGGUGUGUAGAGAGAAGAGUUUUUUUUUUUGAGAGAGAGGAUCUUAGAUGUCUUUAUGUUCGGAAAGACUAGAAGAGAUAUCGCGUUUUUUGCGCUCAAGAAAUAGAUCGAUUUUAUCCUUUCCAUCUUGGACAUCUUGUAAUGACUUGUCAAAAAAGUGUUGAGUAGCUGCAAACCAGUCCUUCAUAU